UUUAGAAGUAUUUUCAGACUAUGAAAGCUACAGAUAGAGAUAGAUAGAGAAGAAGAAGAGCAACAUUUUUAACGAUUCAAGCUGAGGAUGCGCUAUGCGUCAAGGGGCUAUAGCAUUAUUGGAACAACGCCAGCCGAAGGAAACAGACAACAAUGCAAUCACAAAACGUGCGUCCAAUAAGCACAUAUGACAACCUAACAGCAACCACAACGAGCGCAGCCAAGCCGAAGAUGAAACCACAACAACAACAGCAAGACCAACAGCAACAGCAGCAGCCAGUGUGGACCGGUAAGACUCCAGGACAGAUGCGACAGGAGCUACGAGAUAGCCCAAGCAUUGCCAUGAACGGCAACAAGAAGUCGUGGCAAGCCAACAGCCAGGAUCGCCAUCAGCUGGCCAUGCCAGAACAGGUCUCAGAGCUGAAUGAGACCAGCCACAGCAUUGCUGCAGUCAAAGCCGCUUUGAGCGAUGCAAAGUCCAAAUUCUUUGGUAUCCACAGCUGUGAGACGUUGGACGUCGCAGCUUCGCCUCCCAGCGAGCGUGACUCACCAGCCGCAGCUAUGCCGUCGGUAGUUAUCAAGCCGGAGCCCAAAUACCAAAAUGUGCCACAGCCCACACGAAUUCCCGUUCUGCCGGAAGCAAGCAGCUCGCCCACAAUCGUGUCGCAUCGCUUCGGUGCCACAUACGAGCAAAUUCCAUUGAGCGAUCUAGAUGCGUCGCAGCCAACGCAGGCUGUCUAUAUGAGCACCACGGUCCCUCAGAACAUGAAGGGUAUGAAGAUCGCCGGACGACACACGCCAACUCGGAACAGUCUCAGGCACAGCCGGAUGAUUGUGGUUAAUAAUAAGAACCAUGACAGCAUCCAGGAAACAUAUACUUCGCACAUUCGCAACUCGAAUUUCUCACGCCAGCUUUUGAUCCUGCAACUGGCCAUCGGCCUGCUGAUCGUGGGGUUGGCCAUCUCGAUACUUAUUUGGACACCGAGUGCAUCCAUAUUGAUAAAUCCGUACCUAAGUGGCCUUUCACUUUUACUUGCCAGUAUUGCGGGUCUAAUACUGCUUGGUCGGGAUCGCGAGUCCGACUACAAAAGGGCGCACAACAACUGCUACAAAGUGCUGCUGGUUGAAUCUUACGUCUUUUCGGCUCUGGCCCUAAUCUUCUGCUGCCUGGCGCUGGUCUGUGCCGCCAUCGAGUUCGCCGAGCUGCAGUCCACGUCGACGCUAACCGAUGGCAACUGUGGCCCGGCGACCAGCUCCCUCCUCAACUACAGCAACUGCACCUGCCUGACGGAGGAGCAGCAAGCGACGACCAUGGCAGCUCUAGCUGAGGCUGGCUCCGAUGAUAUCGACAGCGGCGAAACGUGUGAAGCCAUUCGUGGCAAAUGGAAAUAUUUACUCGGCUUCUCAAUGGCUCUCAAUGCACUGGGCAUAUUUGCAACGUUCUUAUAUAUAACGAUAUUUAUUUGCUGCUACCAUAGCAGUCGAAAACAUUUCAAUAUAUCUGUCUAAGAAACUUUGUACCUACUACGCAUAGCACUAAUUCUUAAUUCAAAUUUAAAUGUAGCUCUCACUAAAUCAAAUUAAAACAAAUUAA